GCCGAAGUGCGUCCGGGCGGCGGCCCUUUGUUGUCCCUGCACUCGUUUCGAGCGCUGCGAAGAGGGAGAGGGUCACGCACGACGCCACGCGCGCGGGUUUCCGGAGGUAGGAAGCCGCGGGUUCAUUUUUUUUCGGAGAGGUUAAACCGCAUUGGUUGAAUCGCGCGCGCGUAGGACACGCGCGUCGUAGCUGUCGUCGCGGCCUCAUUCCUGGCACCCCCGCGGAGACCGCCGAGCGUGAAUUCGCGUCAACGGAACCGAACCGCUGACGGUCCACGACACACCGCUGACAGUCACGAGAACGUACGCGUAGGCCUACAGUACGCGUUCCAGUCACGAUCGAGAUCCCGCGCGCCCCACCGAGAGAUCGACCGAGCGAACUCGCCGAGAUGUUCGCGACGGUGAUCGAACCGCGCGCGGUGUCACCUGGGAUCCCGUUAGACCUCCCCGCGGUGUCCACGCCGACGUCGUCGCGGGAGGCGGGUCGGAAGCGUUCGCCGCCGCCGACGAAGGAUCCGUACCCGUCGCUGCAUCGCCUGUCGACGACGGCGCCGACGGACGGCUUCCACAAGUCUCUGCUCGAGGCGCUUCAAGAAGAAGAGAGCGACGACGAGGACCACGGGACGUACGGCCGCGCGCCUGACUGGAGCUCGUACGCGGGUAAUUUAGAGCUCGUGACGUCGCCGUCGCACGCGGCGUCGCAAGCGCAGACGCACGCGGGGGGGCGAUCGCAGACGCCGCCGGCGGAGGACAUUCGCAUCAUGCUCGCCUCCGGCGGCGCCGCGCCCGUCGAGGUUUUACGCAACAAGGUCGUCACGUCGCUCACGCUGAAGCUGAAGCCGGACUGGAUGAACCUGAACGGCGCGAGGGAGGCGCUGAUGCGCGGCAUGGGGACGACGCGGAAGCUCCUGUUCCCGGACGCGAAGAGGCUGCCCGAGAUCAACGAGCUCGAGGAGCUGUCCGCCGAGGGCGGCGAGGAUGCCCCGACCGGGACGCGGUCCUCCACCACCGCCGCAGGGUGCGAGAACAGCGCGGAGUAUCGGAACCUCAUGAUGCGCCUGUGCGACCUUCAGUUCAUCUGCAUCAAAGCCGCGGUGGACGUGUCCGACACAGGGGAGAUCACCGAACGCGAGUACUGGCUCCCGUUGGACGAGAAGCAGACGGUGGCGGAUCUCAAGACGCUCGUCUCGGGCGCCGACGCGCUCGAGUCGGACGGGUUGAGACUCCUCGCCGGGACCGAGUCCUCGAGCGACUUGUCCAUCGUGCACGCGGGCAGGGCGCUCGACGAUUCGCACACGGUGUCCGAGGAAGGCCUCACGCACAACGCGGUCGUGCAUCUCUUCGUCAAGAAGGACGCCAACAUCACCGUGAAGAUGUGCGGGACGAAGGACCUCGAGGUGACGCUCAACGCGAACGAGACCGCGGAGUCCCUCCGCGCGAAGCUCGCGGUCCUGAGCGUGGACCAGCCCACGGACUCGCAGCUCUUCUACGGCGGCCAGGAGCUGAAGGACGGCCCGCUGAACAUGUACGGCAUCGCGGACGGGUCCACGCUCGAACUGAGGCCGUUCACCGCCGCGCGGUCCAUUCCGAUCAACCCGGCGACGCGCGCGCGGCACUCGUGGAACGCGAGCGCGAACCCGGGGUGGAAGAGCGGGAUGUCCUCCACCGGGAAUCCCGGGUCGUGGAUGUCGAACAUGUCCACGGGGCUGACCAACGGCACGCCGUCGAUGUCCGUCUCGAUACCGAGCAACGGCAGCAUGGCUGGAACGUCGGACAGCGGCGGGUCCGGGUCGUACGAGGGCGAGAUUCUCGGCGAGUCGCCGGUGCACGUCGGCUCGCCCGACCUCGCGCGGUCCUUCGACAUGGCGCGCCAAGGGCUUCUCAUGGGAAAACGCCCGCAGCUCGCGAGCGGCGGCACCGGCGGCGCGUACUUCCUGCGCGACCGCGACGGCGAGACGUGCGCGGUGUUCAAGCCCGCGGACGAGGAGCCGUGCGCGAAGAACAACCCGCGCGGCAACGCCAACACGUCGGCCAACGGCGAGGGGUUGCGCAAGGGCACGCGCGUCGGCGAAGGCGCGAGCCGCGAGGUCGCCGCGUACGUCCUCGACCACGGCGGCUUCGCGGGCGUCCCCGCGACGUCGCUCGCGCACCUCGGCGAGAUGCGCCGCUCGUCCAGCGGGAAGGACCUCGGCGGGAAGCUCGGGUCGCUCCAGGCGUACGUCAGGGCGGACGCCGAGGCGGAGGAGCUCGGCCCCGGCUUGUUUCCGGUGCACGAGGUACACAAGAUCGCGCAGCUGGACAUCCGGCUCGCGAACACGGACCGCAACGCGGGGAAUAUUCUCGUGCAGAAGGAAGCGAACACGAUGAAGCUCGUCCCGAUAGACCACGGGUACUCGCUCCCGCACACGCUUGAGGACGUGUGCUUCGAGUGGGAGUUUUGGCCGCAAGCCAAGGUGCCGUUUAGCGAAGACACGCGCGCGUACGUCGCCGCGAUCGACGUCGACGCGGACGUGGAGCUCCUGCGCGAGCACGGGAUCGAGUUGUUGCCUUCCAGCGAGCGCGUCCUGCGCGUGUGCACGACGCUUCUGAAGCGCGCGACGAAGCAAGGGUGCUGCCCCGCGGACAUCGCUGGGAUGAUGUCGCGCCCGAUGCCGAACCGGAUGUCCGACCUCGAGAAGCUGACGUCGCGGGCGGCUUCCGCGGCGGCGGCGAGCGUGAGAGCCGAGGACGGGCUCGUCGUGCACCGGCCGAUGAACGGCAAGGGCGACGGGAACGCGUGGCAGGAGCUGGACGGCACCGAACGCCUGGAGAAGCGGUUCAUGGUCGAGUACGAGAAGCUGCUGGACGAUUACCUCGAAGGCUUCGAGCCGGAGAUGGAUUUGUGAUGGAUCCCGCGGCGACGACCGUCGUCUCGAGAAGACGACACAUUUUUUUGCGAAAACUAUCGAGCAAAAACAAAGAGAGAGGAGAGAGAGAGGGUGGUGACAAUGUACCAAGAUCAACGAGACGCCCUGAGCGUGUCGGCUGUACGAGUAACUCUGUACGAGUGACAAGAAUCCAACACGGCGGCGACGGCGAAACCAAAAAAAUCAAAUGUAGAACAGUAGUCCGUCGCAUGUUGUUGUAAGAGAAAUUCUUUUUACAUCA